CUGUGCAACUUCAGUCUCCACUUCCUCCAGGGCCUGGGGGGGUGCCUGGGGAGCCUGGCCCAAGACAGGACCCGUGGCCCAGCUGGCAAAGUGGGUUCAGCCACUGCCACAGGGGAAGCGGUCCCCUGGCCCAGGCCACUUGGCCUGGGCGCAGUCUCUGUCUCGGCCCCCAGGCACCUCGUCUGGGUCCCCAGGCAGGCUCCAUGGUGUUUUCUGAGCUUCUGGACCAAGUGGGCGACCGAGGCAGGUUCCAAGUUCUCCAGAUGCUGGCCCUGGUGGUCCCCAUCAUGUGGCUGCAAACCCAGAGCGUGCUGGAGAACUUCUCGGCCGCUGUGCCCGACCACCGCUGCCGGGCGCCCCUCCUGGACAACAGCACUGCCCAGGCCAGUGUCCCCGGGGCCCUGGGCCCCGAGGCCCUCCUGGUGGUCUCCAUCCCUCUGGGCCCCGACCAGCAGCCCCACCGGUGUCUCCACUUCCGCCACCCGCAGUGACAGCUGCUGGGCCCCAACGCCUCGGCCACCAACUGCAGUGAGGCCGCCACAGAGCUGUGCAUGGAUGACUGGGUCUACGACCGCAGCACCUUCACCUCCACCACCGUGACCGAGUGGGACCUGGUGUGCAGCUUGCAGGCCCUAAGACCAGUGGCCCAGUCCAUCUACCUGGCCGGGAGCCUGGUGGGCUCUGCCAUGUCGGGCUACAUCUCAGACAGGUUCGGUCGCAGGCUGGUGCUGACCUGGAGCUACCUUCAAAUGGCUGUAUGGGGCACGGCCGCCGCCUUUGCCAUCUUCUCCUUGUACAGCCUCUUCCGCUUCCUGUUGGCCAUUGGCACGGCGGGCGUCGUGAUGAACACGGACACUCUCCUGAUGGAGUGGACCUUGGUACGGACCCGACCCUUUUUGAUGACCUUGAACACGCUGGCCUUCAGCCUUGGCCUGGUCCUGGUGGCCGCCAUGGCCUAUGGUGUGCGUGACUGGGCGAUGCUACAGCUGGCCAGCUCCGUCCCCUUCUUCCUCACCUUUGGGUACUCAUGGUGGCUGGCAGAGUCCGUCCGCUGGCUCCUCACCACGGGCUGAGAGGAGCAGGGCCUGCGGGAGCUGCAGAGGGUGGCUGGCAUCAACGGGAGGCGCGCAGCCAGGGAGGCGCUGACCCCCGAGGUCUUGCUUUCCACCAUGGAGGAACUGACGAGGCAGCAGACUCGGGUCAGCCUGGCCACCAUGUUCCAGAUGCCCCGGCGCCUCCGGCUAGGCGUCUGCAUGCUGUGCGGGUUCUCUUUAGGCUUCUCUUUCUACGGCCUGGCCUUGGACCUGCAGGCCCUGGGCAGCAACGUCUUCCUGCUCUAGGCCCUCAUCGGCCUCAUGGACAUCCCAGCCAAGGUGGCCACCCUGCUGCUCCUGCGCGGCCUGGGCCGCCGGCCCCUGCUGGCCUCGGCGCUGCUGCUGGCCGGCCUCUGCGUCCUGGCCAUCUCGCUGGUGCCCCGGGACAUGGCUGCUCUCCGCACAGCGCUGGCCGUGCUGGGGCUGGGGGGCUUGGGCUCCGCCUUCACCAGCCUGACCGUCUACACUGGCGAGCUCUUCACCACCGUGCUCAGGAUGACCGCGGGGGGCCUGAUCCACCUGAUGGCACGCCUGGGAUCCGUCCUGGGUCCACUGGUCCGGCUGCUGGGCGAUCACAGCUCCUCGCUGCCCUUGCUGGUGUGCGGGGCGGUGCCAGGGCUGAGCGGUCUGGCCGCACUGCUGUUGCCGGAGACCCGGAACUUGGCGCUGCCCGACACCGUCCAGGACCUGCAGAGCCAGACAGUAAAGAAAGCAGCUCAAGACCUGCAGGGGUUCCCUGUGCCGAAAUCCCCCCAGCUCCAGGCUCCUGGGAACCCUGCAAGAGGGCGUGUGAAGGAGAAACUUCUCUUCUCUGGGAGGAGCCGAAGGAGAGCAGAUAGAUGCCUUGGUUUCCAGGGGGCUCCAAGUCACGAGUCCAAGCAGGCAGCCUGCCGAGCCACCGGGGCCACAGUCACCGCAUCCAGGCACCUGCAGCAGAGGCUGCACGCCCCUCCCCACAUGCACAUCAGUGAUGUGUACACACAUGCACACACAUACACACAUGUGCACACGCUGAGAAGGUUAACAGGAAACUCCAAAAACAGAAGGCAGCUCCUUGCCCCCAGGAGACGGAGCUCACCCCCCGGCCUGGUCUUGUCAGCUCAGCCGCUUUCCUGCCUUUUCCUCCUCCCAAAGGGCCUCUGGGGUCAUCUCCAGCUGCCUGCCUAUGGCCGAGCCUCAGUGAAGGCCCCGAGGGCAGAGGGGAGUGGGAGUGGGGAUCACAUUUGUAAAGAUGCUCAAAGAUGAGUUUGCCUCAGCCUUCCCUGGACUUUCCAUCUGUCUGUUUGUCUGCUGGCUACUGAGCCCCAGCUCUUACCCUUGCUCUGCAUUCUUGGGGCUCCAGGUGUCUAGAAGUUUCCAUAAGGCAGGAUCCAGAGCUGGUGGGAGAUGCUGCCUUCUCUCCCCUGGGGUGGCCCUCCAGCUCCCCAGGUGGGUCAGGGCUGCUGCUCUGCCCCCAUUCCGAAUGACCUCGCUCCACCAGCUGGUCACAACCUUCCAGGACCUGGGGUCUGUCUGCUUCCAACAUAGUCAUCCCUCAAGUGACUCAACGGGUCCUGGCAGCUGGGAGAUCCCGGGCCCUGAGCCUCUGGGGCUGCUGGACACGGUUUCUGGCUCACUGGGGAGUGAGUGCCAUUGCCAAGGCAGAGUGGGGACUCUAUGAAAGAAGGGGCCUCCCUCGGCACCACCUAGAGGCCUGCAUCCAGGGCAUUUGGGACACCCUCUCUCUCUUGAUGCCCCCCCUUGGGGGGCUCCUGACCUCAGAAGCUGCUGGAGCACUGCCAAUGGGGGAGCCAAGGGAGCUGGGUGAAAGAAGUACCAUCAGCCCCCCACCCCCACCCCAGCAGUCUCAUCUCCAUGGUGACAGAGGCCUCAGGUGGUUCAGGACCCACUUUGUCCAUUCUCCCGCCUCCAGCCAGACCUGCAGCUCACCCAGUUGGGUGUCGGGAAGGGGCAGCUCCAGGUACCAGGGGGCUCCCUACCUGCCCCCAGGAGUGAGGUUCCUCCCAAAGGGCUCCAGCAGCUGGCCAGGCUGGUGCUUCCUCCCCUGGGGGCUAGUGUGGCCCAGAGCAGUCUUCAAGGUCAAAGUGCAUCACCCAGACUUCACUGCGAGCCUUUCUAUCCAAAUACCUCUCCUUGGUACCCCCAAGGCAGAGUCUCAGGGGUACCAAGUUGCA